CACACGACUCGCUCCCACACAACCGGUCAUCUCUAACAUUCACUUGUGUGUAAGCCUGGCAAUAUGUUUAAGUCAGGAUAUACCACAAGCUGCACACCGUCCUGGGACUUUUCAACAAUCUGAACUCUCCAUUCAGGAGAAGGAAGAUCACUCAACACUUAGGUAUGAAUUGUGCUUGAAUAAGCCAAAAGAGGAGGUAUUUUUUUCCUCUUAUCGCUGAAUGCUGAGGACGUCCAAGAUGAGUCUAAAGAAGAGGAAACCGAGCAUGGUGUUCAGCUGGCACAAGUCGUUUGCUAUCCUCGCCCCGUGGAGAAAAGGUAAAGCGGAUGUGGUUUUGGAGAAUGAGGUUGUACUGACAAAGAUGAAGUUCCUCAACAACCUUCCUGAGAAACACCUAAAUGCAGAGGAUUCCAUAUCAACCAUCUCCAUUUCAAUGUCUGAGCCUGAAAACACAGAGACUCUCCAGGUGGAUGAAGUGAUCUCCGUUCACAGCGCUGCUCCUGAGCCAAUAAUACCUGAAUCAAAAACAGACUAUCUUUCCACAAUUUUUGCAGAUUCUGAACUUCCAAGAUUGUACAAAUUUGAAUCUGAAGACUCUGGGGUAGAGAUGACCAGUGGGGCAACAUCCCCCUCUACCCCAACAGGUUCAGAGCAAAGCUUUGUUGUUCACAGUAGAGAAUCUUCAUGUGACUCUAGUAACCUGAACUGCCAUAUACCCACUAACAGUCCUCUUGAAGAGAGUUUGGACUCUUUGAAAACUGCACAAACAUCUUGUAUAUAUGCUGAACAAGACAAUUUUGCCGUUCUGGAAGACAGAACAGAGGAUGCGAAUGUUAAUGAUGAUUUAUUGGAUGUUACAAUAGAUUCAAAAAGGACCGAGGACAGAACCCUGUGGAACACCAGGGAAAACGACAAGGAUGGCAUAGAGUUCAUGAUAGCACAGGAGGAAAUAACAGAGACAACAUUGGCUGAAGACACAAAGUGUUCUACUGAAGCUUAUGAUGAAAUGUCAGGACCCGAAUUUAAACAUCAGCCUUUGAGGAAAAGUACAACGAGCGAUAGUCUGGAUGAGUACAUGGAGGAAUGCUGCAGGCUAAGUGAGGAAAGCCAGGCCAAUCAACCCAAUCCUCUAGGCUCUGGACUGGGAUACCUUGAGCACAUCUGCCAGCUCAUCGAGAAGAUCGGCCAGCUACAGGAACACAACCUCCGACUACAGAAACAGAUCUGUGGCCUGCAGAAGGAAGGCAGAGUGAUGAAAACUAAAGAGGACUUUUUCCUUCAGCACUGUAGUUGCGGAGCCGCCAGCCUGGCCUUUCAAGAACUCAAGAGACAUUUUCGCAGUGACCACUACAGCCUGACGGCAUCAAGCAGCACUCUUUCCGACCUCAGCACAAUCCCAGAGGUCACGCGCAUCCCCCUCAGGGCAGCUGCGAGAGAUGCUGAGAUGGGCUGCCAGGUGACCACUCCCCUCUGGAGGCGGGGCUUAAACAGGAGGAGCUACACAGAGGGAGAGGCCAAGUACUUGAGUGACAGUGCUGAGGUUCUCUGUGCGCCUCAUAGACGGUUAAGCGAAAACUACACUUGGGGACGAGUGAAGGAACUGGUAAAGAAGACCAAACUGAGGAACCAGAGUCGGCUGGGACUGUCUUCAGGAUCCCUUAAGAGAUCAUGCCCACAGCUUUACCGGCCAGAUGUGAUAUCAUCAGAGCGACCCAGGAUAAACAGAAACUCCAUGAUCGCUCUGGGCCAUCACAAAGUGGAUUAUCUAUGGCCCCAGUAGUAUUUAUCAGACAUUGAGCAGAUGGUCUGCUAUGGAGCUGCUUUUUCAUAAAGGGACAAAGUGAGGGCUUUCGCAGUCCAGCCUGGGAUUACAAAGUGGAAGAAAUGCACAAGACCAAGAUGAGAUGAAUGGAAUUUGAGUAACGGUGGAAAAAUGUUGGUGUUUCUUGUAAAUAACACAAGAAAUGUUUAUAUGUUAAUGGAAGUGUUAGGUUGAUCUGUCGAGGGAGUUCGUUUGUGUGAGAUAUGUGAUGUUUUCAUAUGUAUACACUAAAUACAUGAUUUUCAUUUUUUUAUGUAUAGUCUUCUGUAUAU